UCACCCAUCCUCCGUCCCGCGGUGUAUGCGUGUGUGUCCGUCAGCGAUGGCGGCUCGCGCUGCAUCCGGCCUGCUGGUGCUCAUCAGCAGCUCGAGCCAGAACCGGACCGCCGACCCGAAGGCAGCGCAGAGCAACAACACACUGCAGGAGCUGCACCGAGGAAUCCGCUCGUGGGAUGUGGAUCUGAGUGUGUGUAACGUGGACGAGCAGCUCAGACUCUUUGUUACUAAGCGCUUAUCUCACUCUUCCCCUGAUGUUAAAGGUCAGCAGAUAUUUCACUGCAGCUCGGGUGUGCUCAGCUCCAGGGUUGUGGUUAAUCCCUCAGGGGAGCUUCUCUACUCAGAGAUACGCAGCCUGAUACUGGACUCCAGUCAGCACAAGCUGCUGGUGCUUGCAGGACAAUCACUGGAGGACACUGGAGACAUCAUCCUGCAAACUGGAUAUUUCAGUCCAAACCACUUCGCUCAGAUCUUUGAGGAUGAGGAGGUCCAAUCUGUACUGAAUGCUGCAAGUGCAUCUGGAAAACCAAGCCUGACCCUGAGCUGCCCAAAGACUGGAAAAUGGAAGAACUCAGUUCUUGGGAAGCACAGCAUACAAGAUGUGAUAGACAUUAAGGUAAACCCUUUAAUGGUGCUCCCUAAAAUGGAAGGGCUUCAAGAAUUUACGGAUCAUCUCUCGCAGACCCUUGAGCCACAGUCACCGUUUGAUCUUCUAGAGCCUCCAAGCACUGUGGGAUUCCUCAAGCUUUGCCGUCCCUGCUGCUACAUAUUUCCAGGUGGGAGAGGGGACUGUGCCUUCUUUGCAGUCAACGGAUUCAAUGUGCUGGUAAACGGCGGGGCUGAUGCACGUUCUUGCUUUUGGAAGUUAGUAAGGCAUCUGGAUCGUGUCGACUCUGUUCUACUCACCCAUGCCGGGACAGAUAAUCUGCCAGGGAUUAACAGUCUGUUUGAACGGAAGGUUGCUGAGCUUGAGGAAGAUGAUUCUUCAAACUUCAAUAAAAAAGAAAAAUGGCUUAAAAAUUUAAUCUCUCCAGAGCUAGGUGUUGUUUUCUUCAAUGCACCAAACAGGCUGAAAAAACUUCAAGGCGACCCAAACGUAUUGAAAAGUAGCGAUCAAGCAGCCCUUACCCUUCGCCAUUUGGAGAAUCUUAAGAUAUCACCAGAACAACUACUUCGCAACUCAAAUGGUUCUAUAGAGCCAGUGAUUCUGUUUCAGAAAAUGGGAGUUGGGUGUCUUGAGCUCUAUGUCCUUAACCCAAUAAAGCGCAGCAAAGAGUUUGAGGCUUUCAUGCACAGCUGGCCUGAGAGCAGCCCCAACCUUAAAGGCUCUGAGAUUCCUUUAAACUGUCUGGUAUCUAUCUGUGCUUUGCUUGUGUGGCAUCCAGCCAGCCCACAUGAAAAGAUAAUCAGAGUCCUCUUCCCUGGGUCCACACCACAGGGGAAGAUACUGGAUGGUCUAGAAAAGUUGAAACACCUAGAGUUUUUAAAGAAACCUGUAGUGUGCUCCAAAGACAUUGAAUCCACAAAGUCAGAAAAGAAUCCAAAAAGAGCAGAGAGUCAAGACAGUCUGAAAUCUAGCACAAAGGAAUCAAGGACAAGUAAUGCAAGUGCUGCUCCAAAGGAGAGAUCAACCCACGGAUAUUCAGAGCCAAAGGACAAGGCCAGAGUCGCAAAUGUAAAUGCUCCAACAGCUGAGGAAAAUAGUGGCAACUUAAAGCUCUCCAAACCUGAAAAAACAGUAGCAAGAAAGAGUUCAUUCAGAGACAAUACAAAAUAUGAAAAGGCUAGUGUCCCAGUGCCAAAAAAACAAGACAAUGGUCCUAGGAAAAUGUCUGGCAAAAAAGAUUCUCCUGUUAACAAACCCAAGGCAGACUUAAAGACUGAACAGAAAAAAGAUGAUAAGACUGAAGAUAAAAAGCACAGUGUGUCAGGAAAAGAUGUGAAGAAAGCUUCAGCUGCUGCGCCCCCUUCUUCACACCCAAGUAAGUCUUCAACUGCAAAGAAAAAUGAGACAAAAGAGAGCAAGGCGACAGAGCAGAAAGUUAAAAACAACAAAUCUAACAAGGAGCAGCAGAACCAGAAGCUAUCAGGUGAUGCAGAGGAUGCAAAUCACUCCCCAAUUUCCUCACCUGAGGAUAUGACAUCAGAGUUUCUGGCAAUGGAGCGAGAGCAGUCACAAAACCUUUCUGCAAGUAAAAACUCUGACCUCCCCUCUCGGAUGGAAUCAGGGAAUAAAGAUGAUGCAAAGAAUAACCGUAGGAGUCCAGUGGGUGCAGAGUCUGCAGCAGCCAUACCCAGUCCAGGGAAGGCCACUGAUGCUUCUUCCCACCUUGUCAAGAAUCCAAAAUGUGAACGCGGUGUGAAUUUGGACCUCACACCCACUGAGUACACCUUGCUUGAUGGUGCUUUUAAAGACAAUCUUCCUAAAUGUGACCAGCAGGAAGUCCUUAUCAGCCCAGAUGAAAAAACUCUGGAGAUGAGUUCUCCUAGAUCCAGACCAAACAGUGCUGGUCAUACACCGUAUCACCUUUCACCAGAAGAAACGUGGGCAUCCAGAGACUACAGCAGUCUGGGAGCCAAGAUGUGCCUUGAGUCAGAGAGUCAACCAGAAGCAUCAUGCAAGAACUCAGAGUCCGGUUGCCUCAAAAGUAAUCAAGAAAGCAACUCUACAUCUUCUAAAGAGAAACACUCCAGUUUCCUGUCCCUGAGCUCUUUUAAAGACAUAAUGCCUGAUAUAUCUCCAACUGUCACUACCACUCACUCAAUGCCAGCAGAAGUUAGCUCACCACAGUCCACUGAGGUUGACGAAUCUUUGUCAAUGUCUUUUGAACAAGUCCUUCCUACAGUCAGUGAAUCCACCAAUGAGGACGAGACUUGCUACUCCAACGGACACUAUGUCGAUUCUGAUUUUAAGGUAGGGAUGUCCCUGUCUUUAAAAAUGGCCCACACCAAAGUUGUUAUGAAUGAUGGUUCAGACGGACGACAUCCUGGUCCACAGAGCCUUAUGUUUGAUGCCGCUGCCCAUGAUGUUGACCUGUGCCUGGUGUCUCCAUGUGAGUUCAAGCAUUUUAAGUCUCCAGGGAACCAGCAGCAUCCACUAUCUCCAGGACUUACAACCAGCAGCCCUCAGGACCUCUCAGAUGACAGUGAUCAUUCCCAGGAUGUCGCGAAACCCUUGCCACAGAUGUACGCAAGUGGCAAAGCCACUCACUCUGUCCAGGAAACCGUUCUGACUUCUGCUAGUGAUUACUUCCCCAAUGUAACAGAUUCCGACAUGCAUGUCGGGAUGGAGGAAUGUCCGUCCAUCACUGCAGAUGGUGCAUUAGAUUCUGAUGAGGAAACCGGUGUUCAUUUCUCCUCUCAGAACUCUGUUGAUGGUCUGAGGAGAAAUAAUUCUCCACCUCAGGAUCCUCUGCCAGUCACUUUGAAGGACUUGCCGCCUCUUCCUCCCCAGCCUGGGGCAUGCAUGCCUGAUCCUGGAAAAACCGUCAAGACUAAUGUGAUGAGAAACAAAAAGACAGCUGGAGGUACCACCAGCUCUGUGCAAACCACCAAAGCCAAAACUGGAAAUCCAAGUGGUUCAGCUGGUAGCCUGAGGUCGAGCUCUACUGUAGACAGUUCUGCAUCACGCUCUGCGCAUUCAGGUCCAAAAAGACUUGCAGCAGGUAACAAGGGUGGCGUAUCAGUAUAUUUGGACCUGGCAUAUGUACCAUCUGGACAUGCAGCUUCCACUAUUGAUCUCGAGUUCUUUUGCCGCUUACGGUCAUCCUGUUACAUCAUAAGUGGAGAUGAUGCCAUGAAAGAAGCUAUGAUAAGGCCCAUCCUGGAUGCCUUACUGGAUGGAAAGUCCUUAUGGCCUGAGCCUGUGCCGGUGACAUUAAUUCCCACCUUUGAGUCGGUGAUGAUGCAUGAGUGGUACCAGCAGACCCAAGAGAAGCAGCAGCAGCUGGGCAUCACAGUUCUGGGCAGUAACAGCACUGUGGCCAUGCAAGAGGAAACGUUUCCAGCAUGUAAAGUGGAGUUCUGAGAGUUUUGAUCAGUGAGGAGAACUGUUUACCUGAGCCUUUACUUUCCCUUUCAGCACUAACCUUAGCACUUAAACCCACAGAACAUGGAUGAGACCCAUGCCUGCAUGGAUUGACCUCCUGAGAAAUAUGAAUAGAGAAUUUGUACUGUUGGUAAUAUUGGACUGGAGCUCAAAAAGAAAAACUUUAGUAUCCUAGGCACUUUUAGUGUAAGUAGUAGAGUUCAGAUGGAACUGCAGCUGGAUGUAAUGUUUGUUUUAAACGCAUGGAAAACUAGAUCCAGCAAUUAUUGAAGUGUGGAAUGUUGCAAAGUGUUGCUUAAUGUGUGGAAAGGGUUUAAAAGAUGUAGCAAAGGGAAAGCCAAUCAGAGGAAGCUUUUAGAAGGGGAGGGGCAUCAGAAGGAAUUAUAGUAAUGCGAGGAGCAAUCAAAGGAAGCUAAAGAGAAGGGGAGGAGCCAUAAGAGGAAGAUGUAGCAGUGGAGGGAAGAGACAUUCAAAGAAAGCUUUACGAAGGGUAGGAGCCAUCCGAGAAGGUUUUAGGUCCAUUAGUGGAAGUAAUUGGAAGGGGAGGGGUCAUCAAAGGAAGCUGUAGGUAGGGGAGGGGUCAGACAAAAGAGGAGGAGCCAGAAGCUGCAAAUAACUGCUGACUCACAUCUGACACAAUGGUAAAAAUUACCUUGAAAUUUCAGGUGUCUACAGUAAUUCUUCAUUUUAAUUUAGUAAAAAUAUGAGUGGUUGAGUUGAGACAGUAAUCCAGAUUCAAGAGGCAUUAGUGUUGAGUUUAAGAAUGUUGCACACAGUACUUGAUUUAGGAUGCAGCUUUUGUAUCAGCACAGCCCACAUGAUGCCUCGUGCAGGUUCCAGCUCACAUCUGUAGAAACUAAAGAGAAUCAUUUGAUGUCUGUAAUAAUUAACGUGUUGUAAGACAGUGGUUGGAGGUGAAAACUGUGCACAGUGUUAAAUAUCUCACACCAUGGUUCAUUUCUCCACCUGCACUUUCUUGCAUGCUAAUUUUGUUAGUAAGUUUUAGUUAAGGAGAAGCCUGUGUUGAUUUUGAAAGACAUACAUCAGCACUGCUCAGAAAGGAAGCUGUGAGAGAACAAGCCAGUUCAAGUAGGAAUAAAGUUACAUUUUUAUACAGCCAAAGAAAUAGAUUUCCUGUACUAGAGACAUGCAUGUUUGAGGAAACUGAAGAAUGUGUUAACUAUGGUAUGCACUGUAUAUAUGUUAUGCUAUUUUAAAUGAUAAUCCUUUACCAUGAAUAUUUUAUAUUAUUCACUUUAACUUAUCCAAACAAAUCUCAGAAUGUUUAUUCAGACUACAGGACAAAGAGCUACAUAUGUCUCAAUAACAGUAAUCAUACUUAUGGGUAGAUAGCACUUUUAAUGCUGUACCAAUCCUGAGAGUUCUUCAACCAGAAAAAAUGUAAAAAUAACACUUUUAGUGAUUUAGUGCUUAAAUAAUGAAAAAUACUGAGGCAGUGAGCAACUCUAAAUAUUUAUAGUCUGAUAAAUUAAAUGCUCAUCAUGUGCCUGUGUCUAAUAUUAUUAUUAUUAAAAAUAUUAAGGACUGUUUAGGUGCAUUCUUGCCAUAUGGGGUAUAUAUCUCUAUUUCUGAAAGUACUAGUUCUCCCUACUGGGUGAGGCAGGUAACUAAUAGGUUACGUCUGUUUGGAUCAUAUUUGCUGCUGGCUGAAUGUGAGUUAUUUUAUUGAAAACAUAUCGCCAACCAGUAUAUUUAGAAACAUUCUGAUUUGGUCUACAAUUUAGGUCAGUAAACCUUGAUAUUAUAAUAAGUAAAUAAAUGACUUAUAUAUUGAUUCUGAUAUUUACUUCCUGUGCUACAAAUGCAAAACCCACUAAACAUGACGACUGUUAUAAAAUGCCGAAAUUAACAAAACAAUCUGUUGUCUGUGAAAUGUAUAAAGUUAUAUUUCCCCAUGGGAAAUUGAAUGCUUUGUUUAUGACCAUACAAAAAUGUCGAAUAAUCACUUCUUUUUCCUUUUUUGUUGCUGUAAAUGUUUUAUUGUGUUAUUUUUUGUGUUUAUUUAGAGAAUUUUAAUUAAUUCUGAAGAACUCAAGUCUGCUUAUUGUCAGAUUUUCCAUAAAAGGUGUAAUGUUUCUUCUGGUAUUUAAACUCGCAUCACAUCCUCCACCACCAGUAAUCUGCCUAUAUUGCUUUCUGAAGGGGCAGGGCUACACAGCAGUAUGAGGAUAAAAAAGCUAAUGCUAGCUACAAUAUGUCAUCUCUCAUGGCUGUAAAUAAACACACAAAGGGAAACAAUGUAUUUGAGAGACUGUUGGAUGGUAAAAAUAGCCUUACUUUCUUGUUUUUUUUCUUCAAGCUAACCAUGCUAACGACUAAGUUAGCUCCUUGGCUAAGAGCUGCUGUAAUACCAGUCACGCCUCUAUCACCAACCUUGCCAGAUACACAAACUUUUACACCACAGCCUGGGGCUUUUUUAAGUUAAUAAUCAUCUGGGUUUAUUUAUAACUGUGAUUUACUGUUUAUUUAAAGGGAGAUUGAGUUAGCUAUCUUGCUAACUGUAGUGAGUUUUUAUUGCUAAUCUUCUGGUCAGGAGUCCAGUCUAGUGUCUAUAAAAAUAAAGGUUCCGAUAUAUAUUAAUUAGUGUGUUGUUAGAACCAAGUAUAAUAUUCUAAUAGAUUGUGACAGAUUCAAGUUUCAAGUAAUUAAACAAUUAAACUAAAGUUAAGUGAACUCUAGUAUUAAACACUUCAUUCUAUGAACUAAAUUUAAUCAUUUGAAACAGAAAGAUGAAUACAUAAUAAAAGCAAAGUACAAGUUUAUUCUAAUAGUAAAUUAAUACUUAAAAAUGUUAUAAUUAGUGACUUAUCAAUAAAAAAAUAAUUAAUUUGAGCGUGUCAUGUUACAACUGUUUAAGCAAGUUUAUAAUCUGUUCAGCAGUAAGAACUUUGCAUCCAGUUUAAAGAACCCUAGGAACCUUUAUUGUAAUAGAGGUUGAGAGAAGAGAAUGGUUUGGUUUUGAUCUGCUCCUCUGGUUCUGUUGGUGUGAGGCUGAAGCUACAGUGUGAAAAGUUAAGUCCUGUUGUUUCUGUGCUCUAGUCGUGGCAAAUUCCGGUCCAGAAAGUAAAAACCUGCCUCAGGUUAGGUUAGGGUAUGUUCUGUCUUUACACAGAGCCAUCCAGGCAGUCAGAUCAAAAUGACGCCAGAUAUUGUGUUUGAAUGUCUGGACCUGAAUUUACUAUCUGUAUUCAUGUUGAGUGUGUGUGUGACUGUGUGUGAUGUGUCCACUGUGGUGUGUGUGUAUGUGUGCGUUUGUCCUGCUUUAAAGUGUUGGGGAUCUUCCUCUCUCCUCACUUUAACACUAAACACUCUGAGAAGGACUUUCUGCUCAUGUGAUGCUCCUCUGCUCCUCUGUAACCUACAGUGAAGAACACUGCAGAACUAUCUGUGAUAAGGUUGUUAAUAAAACAUUAAAAAUGA